GUAGGUAAUUAGGCUGUGUAAGAUGGAAAAUUCUGUGUGGGAAAAUAGAGUGGAAGCACUGUUGCAGAGCAAGCAAAGAUUGGAGCGUGACAAAGGAAUUGUUGAACUAAAAGUUCGCCUGGCGAAAGAAGACACUGAGAAAGUGUCAGUUGAUUUAGUGGACAGAUUUUUUAACCAGCUUUCUUCUAUUAACGAUUUCACGCCAUGGGAGGUGACACAUGGGUGUCUGCUUGGUGUCAAACUGGUAGUGCAGAAGUAUGCUGGUGCUGGCGUGAAAAAUGGGUUUAUCACAGAGGAAAAGGUGGAGUCGCUGAGGUUGAUUGCUAUUGGUUGCUUGCAGCAUCCAGAGGUUAGGGUUCGUGGGCAGGCAGGCGAAUUUCUUGGCUCACUUUGCUCGUUGAGAGGAAGUGACAUUUAUAAAUUGAGCAGUGUUGCUUUGCUUAGACUGCUUGAGGAAGACAUAGAGCGACACAUGAACGAUACUGAUUCAUUGUCUUCUUUUUCCUCCAGUCCAGGAUCAGAUGCUGGGAGCAUCUUUCAUGAGUCAGCUGGUUGGAGGCAUCUGGAAACAACGAUGAAAUGUUUGCAGAGCAUGGUGGAAGGAUGCGGCCGAGGUUUCGUUCCCUUUAUCACCCAGAAUCUUCUUGAUCUUCUGUUCUCCGCACUGGGACACACCAACCGUUUUGUAAGAGAAACAGGUUUCAAUGUAUUUGCUGCCAUUGUUCAUUGCAGCCAAACGGAGACAGAUUCAAACAAUACAUUGCAAAAGUAUGGUAGUCAAUUUUGCAAGCAUUUGUCUAAAGGUCUUUCUGAUAACUGGUCACAAGUCAGACUUGCCUCUUCUGUUGCUACAAGGAACUUUCUGACCAGUAUCGAAGAUAAGACCAAAUACAAGGAAUAUUUUCCUGACUUGCUACCAAGGUUAUGUCUAAACCGAUACUACAUUGCAGAUGGGGUUAGAAUCUAUACGCAGGAAACCUGGGCCAUUAUAUCUGGUGGGCAUGGUAAGGACCUUGUGGAGGAUAAUAUUGAACAUGUUGUGUCAUAUUACGUAUCCUCAACAAAGGCAGAAAACCAUGCAGUACGUGAAGCUGCCUGUGCUUGUAUUUCAGAGUUAGCAGUUAAAAUUCGACAAGAAGCAGUGAAAAAGUUUGUUCCAGAGUUACUUGCUGCAUUGUUGGAAUGCUUUAAGGAUGACAGUUGGCCGGUUAGGGAUGCAGCUUGCAUUGCUUGUGGUAAUUUUGUUCUUUCAUAUCCUGAUGAGUCCCUGCCGAUUCAGAGCUCUCUCUAUGAUUUAUUUUGGGGUAAUCUGCAAGACCCUAUUGCAUCUGUAAGGCAAGGAGCAGCACUUGCACUUGCAAAGUUUGUGAAAGCUUAUGGAGACAGUGUGUUGUCAAAGGUGGUGGAAGAUUUAAAGCUUGGCUUGCAGGGCAUUUCCAAGCAAGCGGAAAGCAGUGAAAAUUUUUCUGGUUUGGAUAAAAAGCCAGCGCAGUUUGGAGUUGUGAAAAACCUUCACACUGGUAGUGACCGUGAUAAGAAACAUACAGAUCAAGUGAUGUACUCAUGCGGUUCACUAGCUCCUAAGAUGGGUCGAGGAAGCAGAGGUGGAUGUAGUGAUUGUCACUUCCAAAGACCUUCAGAGCCAUGGGAGAGAUCAGAUGGAUGUUUGUAUUUCAUCACUGAGCUGGCAAGUGACUUCGCAGAUGUUUCCACCAAGCUCAUUCCUGAUAUAGUAAAAGCUUUAUCCUACAAACAUUUCCCACAACACAUUGUGUUUGUGGAGACUCUGUGUAGGCAACUUCCAGUGUUGGCUUCUCGUAUUGGGAAAAAGCCAUUCAAGCAACAUAUCGAGAUAUUCCUUGAUUCCAUAUUUUAUGCCGCGUCUUCUGAUGUACAGCUAACAUCUGCAGCUGGUGAAGAGUGUUUGAUUAAACUUUCAAAAUUUAUUGGUGCAAAUAUUCUAAGAGGCAGAGUGGAGAAUCAUAACAGCCAUUUCCUAUCUCAAUAUGACAGAAUUAUGUGUGCCAAUCCAGUCCAGGCUUACACUGGUUUUCCGUCCACGUUUCCAAAACCCUGAUUUCUUAUGCUAUUAGAUUAAGGUUACUGAUAGUUAUUUGUGUAAAUGCAAUUUAUUACUGUCAAUAACUUAGGUAAUUUCUGUACAAAAGUGAAAUCAUGCUUAUUUAUCUUGUUUGUGUACAUCCUUUGGAGCUUAAUUAAAAUGUUCAACACUAUUACUUUUCCUAUAUGUUCAGUUCACCAUUUGAGUUUUACACUGUCCAUGGUUGCUGUUGUAUAAUUGUGUUUUAUAUAAUUUCACCUUUCAGAA